AUGCUCUAUCUAGCACACUCCAGCUUCUGUUUCUGUCUUCCUCUUCACCUUCUCUUCCUCAAGAUUACUAGCAGCGUCCCUUCGAAGCUCUACCUCAAAGGUCUCGCUCUAGCAACACGCAACGUACUCACCCCAAAUGCCAGUCAGCCUUCACACAACGCUGGCUUCUGGGAUAUUCUCCCGGUCAAAGUUAGCUUGAUUAGAAUGUACUUCCUCACCGCUAUGGCUACACUUGCCGCUGUCUGUUGGUGGGUAUCUGUCAAAUACACGACUGUUGCUGAUCUCACUGCUAUUUGGAAUAGCUCAGCUUUCUGGGCAUAUAUUUUCGCAAUAUACCUCCUCGGUGAGAAACUACAAAAGUCUAAGCUAGGCGCUGUUGUCCUGGCUUGUUCUGGUGUUGUGUUGAUUGCGUAUGGAGGUGAAAGAUCUUCACGCGAAACACCCCUCGAGGAAGGCGAAAAGAGAGCUAGAUUUUCAACAGCAUUGCUUGGCGAUCUCUUGGUAUUCAUUGGUAGUCUCACUUUCGCACUUUUCGAAGUUUGUCUUAAGAAAUACGCAAGUUUACCUGAUAAGCAUGAUAAUGACGAACGAGAUGAAUAUGAGUCUGACGCUUUCGAUUUCGGUGAGAGUUCAGAUGAGGAGGAUGUCGAACAUCAAAAAAAACACAGAGACGACGGUGACGAAUAUGAGCAUGAACAAUUCAAUUAUGAAACAAACAAUCAAGACGAAAUUGAUGAUACCCUAAAAACAUCUCAGAGACCUGGCUUUCUGAACCACGCUAACUCUACAUCUCCACUCAUUGAAGCCAAUAACGUUAGUAGUGGUAAUUUACAUAGAAUGAGUAUGAGUAGGAGAGAGAGCAGCAAUUCUAUAUCCACACUCGCGACAAACCCCCCUUUCGGCUUACAUCCUAAUCUCGUCAGUACAAGUAUAGGAUUAAUCACUGUGCUCACUUUAUGGAUACCUAUACCUAUACUUCACUGGAUUGGUUGGGAAAAGUUUGAACUCCCACCUUCUGCGGCCGCUUAUGGAUAUAUAGCAGCGAUGGUGAUGUUUGGUAUGGUGUUUAAUGGAGCUUUUAUAGCACUUUGUUUUAUAUGGGGUCCAGUUAUGGCAUCUGUUGGAGUGAGUUUCAAGUUCUAG